CCCGUGGCGAGGUGUGCCCAGCGGGCCUCGGAGGCAAGUCCUUCCACAAGCUCUGCCCAGAUUUCUGCUGUGGCUCCUGUUCCAACCGGUACUGCUGCUCGGACGUGCGGAAGAGACUUGUGCGGGCUGAGGAUGGGUGUGCUGGGCCCGAGGACAGGUGGGGUGCCCACCCCCACGGAGCCUUGGGAGCAGCCGGGCUCGGCACUAAGGUUUCGAUCCAGCUUUGACAGCGACCCCAUGUCAGGGUUCGGAGCCACCGUAGCCAUCGGCCUGACCAUCUUCGUGCUCUCCGUCGUCACCAUCAUCAUCUGCUUCACUUGCUCCUGCUGCUGUUUGUACAAGAUGUGCCGCCGGCCGCGUCCCGUCGUGACCACCACCACGGCCACCACCGUGGUGCACACCCCUUACCCUCAGCCUCCGAGUGCGCCCCCCAGCUACCCUGGGCCGACGUACCAGGGCUACCACCCCAUGCCCGCCCAGCCAGGAGUGCCAGCAGCGCCCUACCCGACGCAGUACCCACCACCCUACCCGGCCCAGCCCAUGGGGCCUCCAGCCUACCACGAGACCUUCACUGGAGGUGCAGCCGCGCCCUACCCCGCCAGCCAGCCUCCGUACAACCCGGCCUACAUGGACCCCCCGAAGGCAGGCCCCUGAGCGCACGCCCCUCUCUGGCUGCCACUUGACUGUGUGUGUGUGUGUGUGUGUGUGUGUGUGCGCGCGCGUGUGGUAUGCAGGCACACUUGUUACUGCCCUGUGUACCUUGUAUGUGACGUGUGGCUUCCUCUGAUGUCAGCCAGGUGGGCUGGGGCCAAACUUUGUUGUCUUCACUUGAAAUUACGCUUCCUGAAAUCUCCAGCAAAUUGGAAGAAGGCAGUGGGCAGUCUUCCACAGCGCGCUGCAGGGUGACCAGGCGCAGCCGGGCUCCCUGGGAUAGCACAGCCUGUUGGGUGUCACGCACAUGUCCUGGUUGUGGCCGGGGCGUGUCCCUGUGGGCCGGGGCGCCCUGUGCUGAGGCAGGCGAGCGGGCCAGGCGGUGGGCUCUUGCUGGGCCCGUGUUUCGGGCAGAUGGCUGCUUGUUCCCCACAGCCUGCGCCACUCCGGAGGUGGGAACCCUCAGGCAGGGCCCCGCCCACCCCACCGGCCCCUGUCCCAGCGGCCUCCCUGGCACUGCCUGGGCGGCCCCCGGGACGCUUGCCUGCUCUUGCCGACCUGGCCCCUGCCGCAGGUGGGCAGUGGGGUCUCUGUCCGCCGCCACACUCAGGUCUCCUCCCUGCAGUGUUUCUGUUUUAGCCAAAAAUGUUGCCUAUUUGUUUUACAGUAUGAUGGCUGACGUGAGGCUUCUGACUGUGGAGCGGGUCUGCAGCGGCAGGCGGCAGCCUGACCUCUGAGGGCCCCCGCUCGCCCACAGCAGCCUCAGAGAUCAACUCCAGGACCCAGGCCACAGUUUGCCCUGGCAGCAGGGACACCAGGGCCAAAGGCGGGUGGUGGGCAAGGGGGUGGGGCCUGGGUGGCAGCUCGGGCCCCAGCGCAAUACCUCGGCGUUCCUUGUCCCUGUUCAUGUUUUGCCAGCUGUCUUAGCUCUGUGUCUGUGUGUUUCCGAGUCUGGGCGCUGCACCCUUGUUUAUAAUAAACGCAAAUGUUUGGG